AUGUCUGCCAAUAUCGCUCUCACGACCACUUUCGCUCCGCCUGCCUCGUGCUUCGACAACCAAUAUACGUCGUACGGCGGAUCGUACUGGGUCAAGGACACAGCUGUCUCGUCCCUGCAAUGCUAUCCCACUGGAUUUAAAAGCUUGUGGCCUAAUGGCAUACCAUUCUCGCCUGGCAUUUGUCCGCAGAGCUAUACGACAGCAACUCAGUCGCCAUAUUCAGGACAAGCUGGAGCUACAGCUGGAUUAUGCUGUCCGACAGGUUUCGCCGCCAAUGGUCUUGGCUGUCAGUCUACCAUUACAGCGUCUACAACACUCUCUGCGCCAGAUGGUAACCACGCCGUCGGGUCCGGCGCCGUGCUAGCGCUGCAUGGUGUCUACAUAGUGUGGCAGUCUGGCAGUAGCGGGCAGGCCGCCUCGACGACAACAAUCCUACCAGCGGCCGUCUCACCUACCACCAUGACGGUGUCGGCGAUUCCAACUGCUCAGAGCACCAUAUCCGCCCCUCCACAGAGCACAACCACCUCUAAUACGCAACCAUCAGCUCAGCCCAUGACCUCGAGCAGUCCCUCCACCGGAACAUCAACCAUGCAGCCAGCAUCGCAGACAACGUCCACUAUUGGGGUUCCGUUGUCGGGAAGUACCAAUACAGAUACCUCACCAUCUACAACUACAGCAAACCCAACCUCCCCGUCAUCCUCUGCUGUAGUAAGCCCAGCAAACUUCACUCCAACGCCAACCCCUAACGUAUCAGCCCACGAUCUCUCAACAGGCGCAAAAGCCGGAAUAGCCAUCGGCGUCAUCGUCGGCGUCCUCGCAAUAGCAGCACUAGCCUGGCUCCUCCUAUCACGGCGGAGACGAGAGCGAAAACGGCUUCCGGAACCUAUGCCAUACAAAGGUACCCACAGUGCCGAGAUGAUGCAAACGGCUGGUCAUCAGCGUAAUGUUUCCGAACUGUCGUCUGAGGGUGCCGCCUCGAAGACGAAUAUGGUGCGUCGGCCACCAGGAGCGGAUAAUGAUAUGUUUAAACGGUCUGAGCUGCAGGGGUAG